UCCUCCCGAAGCACCCUGGGGUUACUUGUUAGGCUCCUCGACCCCUCUGCCUCCAGCCACAAUGUUGUAAUAUACAUCAUCCAUGUCUCUCUCUCUCUCUCUCUUGAGUACAAAUUUAAGUUUCUCUCUGUCUCGAUGAGUACUAAUCAUAUGUUUGGUUCUAUUGAUAGUGCCACGGAUCGAAGGAGGAAUGAGUUAGAAUUGUGUCAACUGAGCUCUUGGCUGAUAGGGACAGCUAGAGCAUUAAUAAACAUAUUCAGAAAAAGAUUCUUUUGAGAUCCUGGAACAUGGUAGAUCCCCAGAAGAAAAGGGUGAAGUACUACAACCUUGGAACCCUCAUUUCCUCGAGGGGCAAAAUCGAGCUUUAAUGAUAUCAUUCACAGGUACUCAUCUGAAUUCCGCGUUGCUGGGAAAAAUGGUUCUCAGUUAUGGCAGUGAGAUGAACAGAGGUCUCGAGUGACGCAACCUGACGCCAUAAUCUAGAAAUCAGACUCCUGUAAGUGAAGUACUACAUGGUCAAACCCUAAUCAUUGAUUCUCUUUCUCAUGCAAAUUCGUUGUUUAAUUUGAAGAAGAAACAAAACAAGCUCAGGCUCCAUGAUAACAGCAAUAGUAACAACGACAAAACUUAGUUAUCAAAUAGUAG